ACUUUCAUGUGUCUUCAUCGCAUUAAGCUAAUAUAGACUCCAUAAUGGUUUGGGGACUUAUAGGUAUAGUAAUAAAGGCUUCCCGGCGUUGUAUACAUUAUAAUUACUACUACACCCACUACUAUAUUAUUUAUAGCAAUCUGGAGACUUAAAUUCUCACUUUGAGCAUUUCAAGGAAAAACCAAUUAAGAAACCAAAAAUGGAAGAUUCAAAUGCUAACAAGAAUGACAACAAUGGAGAAGAAGAAGGAAGAUGGAGUCUCAAAGGCAAAACAGCCCUCGUCACUGGUGGCUCUAAAGGCAUAGGGUAUGCAACUGUGGAAGAAUUGGCAGGUCUUGGAGCAAAAGUAUAUACAUGUUCACGUAAUGAAAAGGAAUUGCAGGAAUGCCUUGCGAUUUGGAGAAACAAGGGAUUUAAAGUAGAAGGUUAUGUGUGCGACCUAUUGUUGCGCACUGAACGUGAGAAUCUUAUGCGCGCUGUUGGAGAUGUUUUUAAUGGAAAGCUCAAUAUUUUGGUAAAUAACGCAGGGGUUGUGAUACAUAAGGAAAGUAAAGACUUCACAGCAGAAGAUCACAACAUUGUAAUGGGAACUAAUUUUGACGCUGGUUUUCACUUAUCUCAACUUGCUUAUCCUUUGCUCAAAGCAUCUGAAAAUGGCAAUGUCAUCUUUCUCUCUUCUAUUGCUGGCUUUUCGGCACUACCUUCUGUUUCUCUUUAUUGUGCUUCCAAAGGAGCAAUAAAUCAGAUGACCAAGAGCUUGGCUUGUGAAUGGGCCAAGGACAAUAUUCGGGUCAAUGCGGUUGCUCCAGGAGUCAUUAUGACCCCACUUAUUGAAACGGCAAUUAAGAGACAGCAGCUGACGCAGGCGAGGAUUUU